GAAAUAAUGCUGUCCCCACUCUUCCACAAAAUCUUGGGAGCAGCUUUUUUCCUGCUCCCAUGCUGUGCUCAAGGUAAACCUGCAGCAAUUCCUCAACGACCCAGUUUCUCUGGAUUCCUUCAAGAGACAUAUGACAAAUUUCUACCAGGUUUCCUGCCAGCAGCUGAUAAUGCAAGAGAUGACACUAUCCAUCAAUUAGAACAUCGGAUUUCCAGGCUGGAAGGAGUCCUCCACUUGGAAAAGAUGAUAACAACCUCUGGAGGAAAAAUAUUUGCUACCAAUGGGAAAAAAGCUGAUUUCCAUACCACAGUGAAACAGUGCCAAGAGGCUGGAGGGUCUAUUGCCACACCAAGGAACCCGAGUGAGAACGAGGCCAUUCUGCACUUUGUCAAAAGUUAUAAUACCUAUGCCUACCUGGGAAUAAAGGAAUCUCUGCUUCCAAGUAAAUUCCAGUUCCUGGAUGGUACAAAACUCAACUAUACUAACUGGCAUUCAAAGGAACCUUCUGGCAAAGGGGAAGAGGAAUGUGUGGAGAUGUACACCGAUGGCACUUGGAAUGACAAAAGGUGCAACCAGAACCGCCUCAUUGUCUGUGAGUUUUAGUACUUCCCUGUGCUGUGCUCCAGCAACCUGCCUGGUGUGUGCUCACUUAUCCCUUGUUUCUUCAGUUAUAGCUAGUGAAUUCAGGCAGUGCAACAUGACAAAUAAAAAUCACC